AUUUUGUAAAUAUUCAAAACAAUUCAUUAAUCGAUACCUUAAUUAUGUUUAAGUUAAAUAUCAUUGUAUUUAACAUUUUAGUACUUGUAUUGAUAACAAAAUGUUACGGACAGCAAAAGUCUCAACAAAAAAGCGACUCAAAAGAAGUGGUAAACGCGGAACAGAUUCCAGACGAUGAGGAGGUCGUGGAAGAGGUGUACGAAGAGGUCGGCGACGGCGACAGUACAGAAGUGGUCACUGAAAUAAUCACUGAAAUCAUAACCGAAAUCAUAGAAAAAGCCAACAAAAAACCUCAACCAAAGAAAAGUGGAUCAAUUGGUGGCAACAAAUCCACUGCUGGUUCCAAACCUGAAGAAGAAUUUGAAACAGAAGUGAUCGAAGAAGUGGUAGAAGUGGAUGAAGACAAUGGCGAAGUGGUGGACGACAAUUCUUUGCCCGAAUCCAAGACUAUUGACGCAAACAAAGUGUCAAAAUUGUGGAAACAGUUCCCAAACGGAGGAAAUAUGAAAUACAGAAACACUUUAUUAGUGCCGAAGAGAGAGCGGCGAGUGAUAGCCCGGUAUAGAGUGGUUAUACCAGUGAUUGUGCCCAACGUUAGGGUAAGGGUUCCCAUGAGGUCUCGGACGGGAACCGAUGGCAAGACUCACGCGAAGAACUCGAAGAAU